CCAUGGGGAGCGGCAUCCUUAACGCCCGGCCCUCCUCCUGGCUCGCCGCCGUGGCUGCCGCCGCCGCCAAGCCGGCCAGCUUCCCCAGCGCACACGUCGUCCUCCUGACCUCUGGCCACCUCUCCUCCCGUGCCUCCGUCAACUCCCUCCUUCGCGCUGCCCCCUUCCCCUCAGCCUGCGCGCUUCUCCUCCGCCUCUUGCACCUCCACCGCCUCCUGCCCGACCAUAUCUCCCUCUCCUUCUCGCUACACUCCUGCACCCGCGUCCCAAGCCAUCAGCUCACCAGCCUCGUCCACUCGCUCGCCGUCAGGCUUGGCCACUGCCGCGACGUCUACGUCGUUAAUGCCGCCGUCUCCUCCUACUUCACCGCUUCCGACGUCGCCUCCGCCGAUCGGCUGUUCGCGGAGAUCUCCAGAUCCAAGGAUGUCACUGACGUUGUCACCUGGACCACCAUGGUCACGGGGCAUGCCAACGCCGGCAAUCUGAGGCGGGCUAGGUGGUUCUUCGAGGCGAUGCCCGAGAGGAACGUGGUUUCUUGGAACGCGAUGCUGGGAGCGUACGCUCGCGCCGGGAGGCUGUCCGAGGCGCGGAAGCUGUUUGAUGCAAUGCCCGACAGGAACGCUGCCACUUGGAGCUCCAUGAUCAAUGGGCUCGUGCACUCUGGGCACUGCGAGGAGGCGCUGAGGGUGUUCGGUGAUAUUGUCGGUAGCUGUGUGGUGCCGAACGAAGCUGCGCUGGUGAGCGCCGUCUCAGCGUGCACGCAGCUGCGGUCGGCGGAGCAUGGCGCGUGGGUGCACGCCUAUGCCGAGCGGAAGCUGCACGGGGCCAUGAGCAUCACCCUUGCCACCGCGAUCGUUGACAUGUAUGGAAAAUGUGGGAGUAUCCACAAUGCUGUCAGGGUGUUCGCUGCAAUGCCCGUUAGAAACAUAUACUCCUGGAACUCAAUGAUCGCUGGUCUUGCAAUGAAUGGUGGCGAGAGGCAGGCCUUGUCGCUCUUAUGGAAGAUGCAAAUGGCCGGUAUUCGACCAAAUGACAUAACUUUUAUUGGGUUGCUGAGUGCUUGCAGCCACUCAGGCCUCGUCAGUGAGGGCCGUAGGGUAUUCGACAGUAUGGUUGAGGACUUCAAAAUACAACCAGUCCCGGAGCAUUACGGUAUUAUGGUCGAUUUGCUUGGCCGGUCUGGUCGUGUUAGGGAGGCAGUAUAUUUCGUCAAGAGUAUGCCUGUGGAACCUCACCCUGGCUUAUGGGGUGCGCUAGCUAGUGCCUGCAAGAUGCAUGGAGAGGUAGAGCUUGGUGAGGAAGUUGCCAAAAAGCUUAUUGAACUGGAGCCUCGGCAUGGCAGCCGGUACAUUCUCCUGUCAAACUUAUAUGGCUCUGCAAAUAGAUGGGAUGACAUGGCCACCGUGCGCGAGCUCCUCAAACGCCGAAAGGUCCCCAAGGGCACUGGCAACACUGUGGUUGGAAAUGACAUACAGCAAACGGAGUGAUCAAAUCUGCUCUUGAUAAGGCUUUAGGACUGCUUCGUAGUGAUAAGAGCAUUGAGACUUUGCACUGGUUGGGCCAAAGACCAACAUGAGUUCCAUGAGCCUAGUGAAGAUUGGCACUGAAACAGAAUUCCUGAAGGAGAAAUUUAUUAUUGAUAUGUCAACAUAUAUGCCUUAUUGCCCAUGUUGAACUGCAUUGAGUAAUUGCACAUACAGGGAGCACAACUGCAAAUUCCUGGCAAGAAGUUCAGGUUGGUGCUUGAAAAAUGACCUCAAGGGGCAGAAACUCAAGGAUUGUUAAAAAAAACUACAAUUUUGUAGCAUAAACAGUUCACUGUUAGGAGAUUCAGGUUCAUGGAAGGAUUCUGUUAGCACUGUAAACUUGUGUCCAGCUCAAGUUAUCCUUUAGUCUGUUUAGUGUCUUUUUUUCCUUCCAUUAGCAGUGAGCUCAGCUGUUGGCCUAACUGAAGCUAAGCGCGUUUGUUGGAGCUAGAGACGUGCGCGUUUUCACGUCGUGGCGGUAGUGUCCGCGUCGCGCGGCACGGCCUGGCGUGCGGGAUGGCGCACGCAGUAUGCAGGCCGUGGCGCGCAUUCAGUUGUUAAUCGUCGCUACAAAUAAGAAGAGAAAGAAAACAGAAAAGCUGCUAGACAGUUCGCAGCACAAAUCCUCUCACUUGUUCGUGUUGUUCGAUUUUAUCUCGAGUUCAUCUGCAGGUGAUUGUCCAACGCGGGGAGAAGUUCCGGCUGACAGAUUCUUCCACUAGUUACUGAACCUCGUUUUGUAGCAUAUUUUGAUUAAAGUCCAGUUCAACCAUACCCACUCAAAUGAUGUUUUUGUCAGAUGCAUAAUUUCACUUAUAUUAU